AUGAGCGACUCCCAAUCGCAGCCCCUGCCGCGCACCACCCAUGCAUCUCCGGCUCUGACCUCCGCGGCGCCUUCGCCGGCCCAGCAGAAUAACCGCUCGCCCAUAUACCCCGAUCUCCUGGGAACGCCGCCGAUCCCUCCGCCGCGAACAUCCUCGAACCACCGAAGCCAACGCAGCUCCCCGGAGAAGGCAUCCCGCAAUGGAAAGAAUCGAAGUGACCGCGAGAGGAAAGGGGACGAAUCAAGGUCGCGACGGCACGCUGGCAAACCAUCGGAGGAUCCGUCCAGGAGCGCAGGAGACACUCGAACCGAAGUAGCCUCCGCUUCCGCCAACCAUCCGGGAGAAGUUAUGGAGGUGACGCCCGGCUCCGGGACGUUGGUCAAGGAGUCGAGCACGGUGAUCAACCAGGUGCUGGUGAGUGAUCCGUCGGUGGACAUCGAACGCGAACAAGUGCGACAAACCGGUGCCUCCCCUUCGACAGACAGCACUCCUACUCCGGGAUUGGGUUUGGUGGGCAGCGAGGGCGUAGAUGAUGGAGGUCGCGGUGGGCUACGAAGUCGGCAUGACUACACCGAGAAUACCGUCAAGCGCAAGGAGACGACCUUUGGGCAGUAUAUUCUGGGUCAAACUGUAGGCGAGGGUGAGUUUGGUAAGGUCAAGCUGGGCUGGAAGAGGGAUGGCACAAUUGAAGUCGCCAUCAAGCUGAUUCGGAGGGAGACGCUCGGGUCUAACCCGAGUCGACUGCCCAAGAUCUACCGCGAGAUCUCGAUCCUGCGCGACCUGUCCCAUCCCAACAUUGUGCGGCUUCACGAGAUGGUGGAGACGGAUCGCCACAUUGGUAUCAUCAUGGAGUACGCAUCCGGAGGCGAGCUCUUCGAUUACAUUUUGAACAAUCGGUACCUCAAAGACAACAGUGCCCGGCGACUGUUCGCGCAGCUGGUCUCUGGGGUGGGCUAUCUCCACAAGAAGGGUAUUGUGCACCGUGACCUCAAGCUGGAAAACUUGCUGUUGGACCGCAAUCGCAACAUCAUUAUCACCGACUUCGGAUUCGCCAAUACGUUCGACCCUACUGAUGAGCUGAGUGAGGAGAUCGAGUACAAUCUCACGAACAAGGAUUAUGUCAAACGAAUGCGACUGGACAAGCAGAAUUCGAAGGGAAUGCGGCGCGGGGAUCUGAUGCAGACCAGCUGCGGAAGUCCCUGCUAUGCUGCACCAGAACUGGUCGUGAGUGACUCGCUGUACACCGGGCGUAAGGUCGACGUAUGGAGUUGUGGAGUUAUCCUGUAUGCAAUGCUCGCGGGCUAUCUCCCUUUCGACGAUGAUCCUGCAAACCCGGACGGCGAUAACAUCAACCUCCUCUACAAGUACAUUGUCACGACGCCUCUUACUUUCCCCGAAUAUGUCACUCCUCAUGCUCGCGACCUCCUGAGACGGAUAUUGGUGCCAGAUCCUCGCAAACGAGCAGAUCUCUUCGAGGUCGCUCGACACAGUUGGCUCAGCGAGUACUCCCAUGUGGUUUCACACAUCACCAGCAGCACGACGAAGGUGGCUGAUAUCGUUGCUGCGACCAUCCCGAGUGGUACGAAUGCCCAAGACAGCUCCCAGGAGCGUACUGAUCCCCCGAAAUUGGCAGAGCGUCAAAAGGAAGCCCCGUCCCUUGCACGGAGUGCGUCGGUCAGGGAACCUCCAAAGACAUACCAAAGUACAAUUCCUUCCGUGGGUGGGCUUGUCCAUCACUCAGGGGAUGUUUCCCAAGACCAAUCGCCCAAAUCUUCUCGGGAUACAAAGCGCCGUACUGUCCAGGUCGAAUAUGUGGCCCCCCAGUCGCAGACCACUCGGGGUGACUCGUCUAUUAUGGAUUCCACCCGCGCAGCCCCGUCAGGCCCAUCGGAAUCGGCACCACUCACAAGGUCGGGCACCAGGGAUGCGGGGAGCAGCCAGCCGAUUCAGGCCACAUCGCAAGACGCACCAAGCGCGCCACACACAGAGCGUACCUCUACCAAAACAGCCCCCACCCCAACAGCAGGGCACUUGCCUCGCUCCACUUCAGAUAAUGCUGCUCUCACCGGCUCGACAACAAUGCCUCCAACUAGUAACGUGCGACCCACCACCGGCGCCUCCAUGGCUUCAUUUAACACCGGGCGUUUGCCGUCGCGAGGCUCCUAUGGUCAGCCUGUGGCACCGACCGUUGCUGCAACCAAUGCUCAGGGCCGCUUAGCCCAGCCGAAGAGCAAGCAGUAUGUGAUUUCGCCUCCAAUGACUCAGGAUCCCUCUCAGUCUUCGAUUGGUCGCCCGAGUACGCAGAACCUACCUUCCAAGUUCAAUACGACACCCCGGCAGGAACCGCCAAAGGGCCACAAGAGGUCCAACACGGUGUCCAGUCUGGGAGAGAAGCUAUUUGGACGAUCUGGUUCCAUCUUUGGAGGACGUGGUGGUCAGGGCAAUGCAGCUCGUCAAAGAACUGGCAAGCGUUAUCCUCCUACGAGUAUGAAGGACCCUUAUGGUGGCGAUGACACGAGGAUGUCCAUGGAUUCCAGACGUUCGAUGCAGUAUGGAUACAACCGAAAGAUGAGCGAGACCGGCACCGAGGGUCGGCCCCGCCGGUUCUCUCUCUUGCCCGCAUCAUUCUCGUUGAAGGGCCUCGCCUCUUCUAGCAGAUCCCAGACGCCCGACGAAGAACUGCAAGGAGAUCGCUCGACAGACAACCGAGUGCAGCAAAGACCGUCUACGGGAGCAAUCCGACCUCCCGCGCGCUCUACCAGCUACGGGACGCAAGAUACGAUGGCAAUGGCGCCCGAAGGUGCUCCGUCAGACGAGGUGCACCUGGCCGACGAACCGGACAACUACCAGGCUCGUAUCGACCAGCAGUUUGCGGUAUUACAUGGAACCCAACAGGAUGCUUAUCAGCCGACGUCCUAUAACAGUGUCUCUGCCGAACAUGUGUAUGCGAACGAUAACGACAACUACUACCGUCACCAGUACGCCAACAACUCGACUCCCAACUACUACGAUGAGUACAACCGUCCGUAUGAUAGCGCUCCGCGGCAGUCUGUGCAAGCCGGCCGAUCAGGAAGAGGAACCGGUGUGCUUCAGAAGAAUCACCGAAAGUUUGCCGAUGCGUAUGAAUACGACGCACAACACUCGGGCAGUUCCGGUGCGGCACGAAAGGUGAUGGACUUUUUCCGACGCCGAGCCAAGUCCCGGGCGGGAGAUGAUCGGUAG